CCGCGGCGAGAGCGCCGCCGGGGCCGCGGCAACGGUACGGGGCGCCGAGCCCGGCUCCGGAACCCCUUCUAUCCGCUGACAGAGGAGUCGUACGGCGCCUACGCCGUCAUGUGCCUCUCCGUGGUGAUCUUCGGCAUCGGCAUCAUGGGCAACAUGGCAGUGAUGUGCAUCGUCUGCCACAACUACUACAUGCGGAGCAUCUCCAACUCCCUGCUGGCCAACCUGGCCUUCUGGGACUUCCUCAUCGUCUUCUUCUGCCUGCCGCUGGUCAUCUUCCAGGAGCUUACCAAGAAGUGGCUCCUAGAGGACUUCUCCUGCAAAAUCGUCCCUUACAUCGAGGUGGCCUCCCUCGGAGUCACCACGUUCACGCUUUGCGCACUCUGCAUCGACCGGUUCCGCGCUGCCACCAACGUGCAGAUGUAUUAUGAGAUGAUUGAGAACUGCACCUCGACGACAGCCAAGCUGGCCGUCAUUUGGGUGGGGGCCCUGCUGCUGGCACUGCCGGAGGUGGUGCUGCGCCAGCUGACCAAGGAGGACCCCGAGUACAGCGGCAGCCCGCCCGGGGAGCGCUGCGUGGUGAAGAUUUCUACCGCACUGCCUGACACCAUCUAUGUGCUGGCUCUUACGUAUGAUGGGGCAAGACUCUGGUGGUACUUUGGCUGCUAUUUUUGUUUGCCAACUCUUUUCACUAUUACCUGCUCCCUGGUGACAGCAAGGAAAAUCAGGAGGGCGGAAAAGGCUUGCACAAGAGGGAACAAGCGACAAAUUCAGCUGGAAAGUCAGAUGAACUGCACAGUGGUGGCUUUGACCAUUUUAUAUGGGUUUUGCAUAAUUCCUGAAAACAUCUGCAACAUCGUGACUGCCUACAUGGCCACAGGGGUCUCUCGGCAGACUAUGGAUCUCCUCCAUCUCAUUAGCCAGUUUCUCUUGUUCUUUAAAUCCUGUGUUACACCAGUCCUCCUUUUCUGUCUCUGUAAACCUUUUAGCCGGGCCUUUAUGGAGUGUUGCUGUUGCUGCUGUGAUGAAUGCAUCCAGAAAUCUUCAACGGUGACAAGCGAUGACAACGACAAUGAGUACACCACAGAGCUGGAGCUCUCCCCAUUCAGCACCAUCCGCCGCGAGAUGUCUACUUUCGCCUCUGUGGGGACUCACUGUUAAUCGACAUUAGGGCUUCAUUUUUUUGUAUCUUUUUUCUUUCUUUCUUCUUUCUUUUCUUCCCUGAAACUUCAUAUUUUUCUAUCUGGAAGAAAAGUAUA